AUGCAAGAGCUCUUCAAUCCCACACAUGACGAAUCGACCUCAGCAGUAAACGGCGACCCGGAUGAGCCUCACCAGCCAAGUGAAGAGAACCAUUGGCAGAUAACAAGGAUCGCUCUUGAGCGUGCACUCCCGCGUAUCAGUGCAAGCACUGCUACCGGACUGGACGGCAUACCGGCGGGCCUUGUGAAAUGCUUGGGGAAGUCUGCUCGAGAAGACCUCGCGGGAAUUUUCAAUACCAUCCUCAAGAACGGCCCAAUCCCACCUGACUGGCAAUGCGGCAGAACCAUCGAGGUGGCACGGAGAGAAACCAGAGGUCUGCUUGGAUGCUUUUUGGAUGUCGCCAAGGCUUAUGAUAGUGUGCCACACGAGGAGUUUUUCCACCAGUUAGACCAACGACAAAUGCCGAGCCUGUGGACAGACUUUCUCCGGCGGCUCUAUGCAGAUAGCUCGUUGGUAGCACGCUUCAGAGGCACCAGAACACAGCCUCUGAGAGUGACAAGAGGACUCAGGCAGGGCUGCCCUUUGUCUCCGCUGCUAUACAUGCUAUAUGUGGCGGGACUCGAGCAGGCACUCGUGUAA